AUGUUAAUUAAAAAGGAAAAAUGUGUAGUUAAAAAUUGGAACCAGGGAAACCAUUCAUCUCAUGGGCACCAUAAUAAUAUUCUUAAUGUGUUUGUUUCCCAGCCAACUCCAGAAAACUUUGUCAAAGAUGUAGAUGAGGGAAUCGAUCGGGACAUCUUUGAUAUCAAUGAAGAUUUGGGAUUGGAUCUCUUUGAUGGGGACAUCCAUCUUGCUGGGGCACAAGAUAGAAAUUCCAUCAUUGGAGAAGAAUAUAGAUGGCCUCAUACCAUUCCGUAUGUUCUGGAUGACAGCUUGGAAAUGAAUGCUAAAGGAGUUAUCCUCAAUGCAUUUGAACGUUACCGUCUAAAAACAUGCAUUGACUUCAAGCCUUGGGCUGGAGAAGCUAAUUAUAUAUCAGUAUUCAAGGGAAGUGGCUGCUGGUCCUCUGUAGGAAACAGGCAUGUUGGGGAGCAAGACCUCUCCAUCGGGGCAAACUGUGACAGAAUAGCAACAGUUCAGCACGAGUUCCUCCAUGCCCUGGGCUUCUGGCACGAACAGUCACGUUCUGAUCGGGACGACUACGUCAGCAUAAUAUGGGAUAGAAUUCUGGAAGGCAGAGAGCACAAUUUUAACAUCUACGAUGACAAAGUAUCAGACUCCUUGAAUGUUCCCUAUGACUAUACCUCGGUAAUGCACUACAGCAAAACGGCAUUCCAAAAUGGAACAGAGCCAACAAUUGUAACCAGAAUCUCAGACUUUGAGGAUGUGAUUGGCCAACGAAUGGACUUCAGUGACUAUGAUCUCUUGAAGUUGAAUCGACUGUAUAACUGCUCAUCUUCCUUGACUUUUAUGGAUUCAUGCAAUUUUGAACUAGAAAAUGUAUGUGGUAUGGUUCAAAGUUCAAGAGAUAGUGCUGACUGGCAAUGGGUUUCACAGGUUUCCAGGGGCCCCACAUAUGAUCAUUCCAACAUGGGCCAGUGCAAAGGUUCUGGGUUCUUUAUGCAUUUCAACAGCAGCUCUGUAAAUGAGGGAGCCUCAGCAGUGCUGGAAAGUAGAAUAUUCUACCCUAAACGAGGAUUUCAGUGCUUGGAAUUUUAUUUAUAUAAUAGUGGAAAUGAAAAUGACCAACUGAACAUCUACAUUAGGGAGUAUUCUGCAGGUGAUCAGAAUGGCAUUUUAACUCUCAUAAAGGAAAUCAAAGAAAUACCCAUUGGAAGCUGGCAACUUUACUAUGUAACACUGCAAGGGACCAACAAAUUUCGAGUGGUGUUUGAAGGACUCAAAGGAUCUGGUACAUCAUCAGGUGGUCUGUCUAUUGAUGACAUUAAUCUUUCCGAGACACGUUGCCCGCAUCAUAUCUGGCAUAUAAGGAAUUUCACACAGUUUGCUGAUAGCCAAAAUGGAACUCUAUAUAGCCCUCCAUUUUAUUCUCCUAAAGGUUAUGCUUUUCAGAUUUACUUGAAUCUAAAAUCUUUGACUAAUGUUGGCAUAUAUUUUCACUUGAUCUCUGGAGCCAAUGAUGAUCAAUUACAGUGGCCAUGUCCUUGGCAACAAGCCACAAUGACACUCUUGGAUCAAAAUCCUGACAUUCGACAGCGUAUGUCCAACCAACGGAGUGUAACUACAGACCCAUUUAUGACCACUGAUAAUGGGAGCUAUUUUUGGGACAGGCCUUCCAAAGUGGGAGUUGUGGCUUUGUUCCCUAAUGGAACUCAGUUUUACAGAGGCCCAGGCUAUGGAACCAGUGUCUUUCUAAGCCGUGAGAGGAUGGAAAGCAGAGAUUUUAUAAAGGGAAAUGAUGUUUAUAUCCUACUGACAGUGGAAGACAUAGCUCACCUCAAUACCUCACACGCACAGCCAGUCCCAACCUCUGAUGUCCUCGACCCCUGCUCCAGCUUUACAUGUGAGAAUAAUGGCAUCUGCACCAUCAAAAAUGGCAAAGCCGAGUGCAGGUGUCCUGCAGGGGAAGACUGGUGGUUCAUGGGAGAAAGGUGUGAGAGGAAAGGCUCAACCCGAGACACCAUCAUCAUCGCUGCUUCUUCCACUGCUGCUGUCUUUGGCGUGAUGCUCAUCGUCACACUUGUUAGUGUCUAUUGUACCCGGAAGAAAUACCGUCAAAAGACAAGUUCAAACACUGAAAAUAUAACUCUAGAAAACCAAUAUGCUUUUUGAAGAUUAACUCGACAAUACAGCCAGAAAAUGAAACGAAGAAGGACUAUUCAUCAUGGAUUUACCUAAGCUAUAAUUACAACACCUCAUUCUUCUCAAAACAGAUUUUCUCUGUAAACAGCUGAAUGUACUAUAGAUCAGUAUUUUGGUAAAAGUGAAAUUGUCAAAAUGCCUUCCCUUCUCUCUCUC